AUGCCGAUUUGUAGGUUGGGUCCAGUAGCAGUAGAACUGCCAGAAUGUCCUGUCUGCUUGGAUAUCAUGUCUGCACCAAUAUAUCAAUGCCAGUCAGGUCACAGUCUUUGCAAUUCAUGCACUAAGGUUUUGGUACCAUCUAUUUGUCCUAUCUGCCGUCAACCAAUGACUCAAAUGAGGAACUGGCAACUGGAAGACUUAAUUUCUAAGGCUUCUGUACCCUGCCCUAAUAAAUCAUCUGGCUGUGUGUAUACAAUGCUCAAUAUGGAGUUGGAAGAUCACCUCAAAGAAUGUAUUUUCCGUGAAAUGGCUUGCCCUCUGAUUGUUUUUGGGAAAUGCUCAUGGUCAGGAAAGUUAAAAGAUGUUCUGGACCAUUUUAAAGAGCGUCAUCCUGGAAAUUUUUUACUUAAUCAAGCUACUGAUGUUAAUAUUAACAAUGUUUCUACUUCAGUUGAUGAACGAUAUAUGUAUCUAAUACCUCAAGGCAAAUUUCUGUUCAUCUUAACCUUUAAGAUUGACACUUGCCAAAAAAUGGCCUAUUGGGUCAUACAACAUAUUGGAAGUAAGAAAGCUGCUCAAACAUGUGUCUACGAGAUACAUGUAUCAAGCAAACAAGAUGACGAGCGAAAAGUUAUUUAUACGGAUAGGUGUUUUAAUGAUGUAUUUGAUACAAAUGAAAUAUUUCGUCAGGCAAGAUGUGCUGUUAUGCCGCUUAACAUGUUGACACAUUUUAUAAAGGAUGGAAAGUUAACAUUUAAUUUUACUGUCAAAAAGAAUCAACCAAAUUUCAGAAACAAAGGAAAGGUUAAUGAGAAUAAACAAACAAAUAAAGGUCCAAAAGGUCCUGGACAACAACAUGUUCGGCCACAAAGUCAUAAGCCACAAGAACCAGGUAACAAGCAAAGAGGUAAAAGUCCUGGCCCUAUGCAUUUUUCACAUCAACAUAAAGGUUUCCCUCAUAGUGGUAAAAAUAACCAAUAAGCAAAUAUUGAAUAAAAUUAAUUUUCAUUGUUUUUAACAUUAUCUGUAUAGCACUAACCUUUUAAACAAAAUGUAUGUAUUAACUAACAACUUAAAAGCUUAAAAAAAUGUUUUUACUUU